GUCUACCUGCCUGCCUGCUUGCUUGCCUGUCUGUCUGUCUGCCUGCCUGCCUGCCUGCCUGCCUGCCUGUGCGAGCGAGCGCGGAGCCGCGUUUCCACCGAGUGCGACGAAAUAUGUCAGAGGCUCCAGAAGCAUGAGUGAGGGAGCGGACUCGGUUGCGCAAACCUGCGGGAAUUCGCUCACGACCUUGGGGGACGAGAGCGAAUGCGAGAGCGAUGCAACAACGGCGACGGCGUCGCCGUCGCCGAUGCAGCGGUUGUCGACGACGCAGCCGCCGCCGCCACCGUCACCACCGCCACUGCCACUGCCACCGCCACCGCCACCACCGCCGUCAUCGACGACGUCCACCGGCAGAAGGCCGCGUUUCGGCACCGGUGGCCCACCGCCGUCGCCCUAUGUGUGGGUCGACGGUCGGCAGCUGCGGAGUGCCCUCGCCUGGACCAAGAAAUGGCCGCCCCGACGCGUCAGCUUCCCCUCGAGCGACAAUCACCUGGUGACGGGCUACCUAGAACCCGCCAAUCCUUGGCGACACGCUGAGAAUGUGAAUCGCGAGGAUUUGAUCUUCGCGUACAAGGAGUCCUGCGCACGUCACAGCACCGAACCCUUGCAAACUGUUUUAGUUCAACUGGAGAAUCUGGAUUUAUCUGAAGAUCGCUGUGAGGAGUUGGAUUUAAAGGGAGAAACCUUGGAUCAGGAUCAUUCAGAGCCAUUGGAGGAGAUACUGAAGAGGAUACAAUUUAACAAAAUUAAUUUAGAAGGGACAUCUCUGAAUGACGAGAGUUCCGUAAUAUUAUUCGACAUGCUGGAAUAUUACGAAUCCGCAAGAUACUUAAACAUUUCGUUUAAUCCAGAGAUUGGAGCGCGUGGCUGGCAAGCGUGCUCGCACAUGAUUAAAAAGACUCAAUGCUUAGAGCAGCUUGAGGCGAGGAACAUAGCGUUUAACGAACAAAAUAUGAACAUUUUGAGUCGUGCGUUACGAUUAGUUUGUCAUCUACAUGUUCUUAAAUUGGAGAAUUGUGGACUUUCGGGCAGAGCGAUCGUCAUACUUGUUACAGCUCUAAAAAUGAAUAGCGGUAUACGGGAACUAUAUUUAGCUGAUAACGGGCUCGAUUUUCACGACGCGAUACAGCUUGGAUCUCUCUUAAGGCUGAACAAUCACUUGCAAUUGCUCGAUAUUAGUAAUAAUAACGUCCAGGACGACGGUGUACGAGAUAUACUGGAGGGCCUGAUCAAUCAAGUGAACGAAGACAAAACCGGCAAGGGACUCGGUAUCUUGAUAUUGUGGAAUAAUGGUUUGACUACGAAAUCAUCACCCUACAUCUCAAGGAUUAUAGCAUUAUCGAAAACAUUGGAGACUCUGAAUAUCGGUCAGAACAUGCUGACGGACGAGACCUUGAGCAUCAUUAACGAAUCAUUGAAGAAAAAUCGUGUUCUUUUACAAUUGGGCAUGCAAUCGACAGAGCUUACGUGUGACGGAAUAAUUGCGCUCGCUGAGAUAAUGGAGACGAAUCAAGUUUUACAGAGAAUAGAUUUACGAGACAACAGCAUACAGAUGCGCGGCAUGGGUACUCUUGCAAAUGUCAUGAAAAAGAACAAGACUAUCACGCAGAUCGAUCUGGACGACAGACCUAGAAUAAGAAUAGACGGCCCCUUGCACCAGUAUAUGGAAUUGGUCACCGAGAUCCGCAGCUAUUGCAGUAAGAACGAGGAGCGUCGAUUGCUGGAGGAGUCUACGGAAGACACGGAAAACCCGCGUCUCUCGAACCGGCUGCUGAACGCGAGCUCCCGUAAGAUCUCGCUUACCUGUCAGACACUGCCAAGCCCGCCGUCGCGAUCGGCGACAUCGCUGACCGCUGACGAGCCGGCGCGCGCCAUGUUGGAGCCGAAGCGUACUAGCGGAGGCCGUCUUCGUUCCCCGGCCCCAAGUCCUAUCCCAUCCCCCGUGGCCAGUCCGAUCCCCAGCCCGUCCCGCAACCGUUUUGUCGUGUGUCGGGUGCCGGAGGCGUCACUGCGUUCCACCGACUCCUCGGCAUCCUCCUCGCCAGUUACUCCACCCUCCCUCGGCUCCUCCCCGUGUUUCUUCGGUACGAGCGGCCCGUCGCGGUUCCGCGUGUCGGUUGUCGAGUCGGCGGGCGCCGGCCGCCCGUCGUCCAAGUCGGUCGUCACCUCCUCCAGCGGCAGCUCGGUCACGAUCGGCUUUAACGUCAAAGUCCAGGCGGUCGACUCUGACGAUUCCGACAGCGCGACCAAGGCGAACACGGCGAUUCAGGCUGCCAGUGAAGACACAGCGUCCGUAGAGACGCUUAACGUAGUUCCGUUAGUAAGAGAGACUUUGCAGCACGAGGAUAACAAAGUCGAGAACAAAGAUCGCUACGAAGACGUAAUAAAGAACAAAGAAAUGCAAUCUGAUGAACGCCAAGUUCAAACGUGGCGCGAGAUAGAUGAUGUCGUUAUCAGGAGCGAGGACGACAAAAUCGUAGAUGAGCAAUUAACACGGGAUGAGAUAGUAAUGACGCAGUCAUUACAAUCCGAAAGAGAGUCUAGAAACAUCGCGAUGAUACGCGUGGAUCCUCACGAUGAGGUGAUGGAUCGGAGCAAUGUUACAAUGGGUCUCGAGGACACCGCGACGACCUCGGACGAUACCGAGGCAGUUGGGGCUUAUCGCAUCGUGUAUACGAGUACAAAAGAGCUACAGGUACCUGCAUAUCCGAACGAGGACGCAGCUUCGGCGAGAAUGAGCGUUGUCGAGGAUAAAGCCUUAAAUAGUGUGAUAAAGACCUCCCUGGAUGAUACCUCGAAAUCUUGUACGGAUUCAGAUGAGUCAUCCGCUUGCGUUUUCGCGAAUUCUUCCGUGAGCACCGCUUCUGGAGGAACGUCCUCGGUUCACGCGACGGAGUCGCAUUCGCAGGAACAGACGAACACGUCGGUACAGAAGCAUAAAUCGAGUCUGGAGAAGCUCUUGUCGUUGUUUCAACAUUCCGGCCAGUUCUUUUCGGAUUCUACGAGCGCCGCCGCGGACGCGAGGAGCACUUUGCAAGAACACGUGAGCGGUGUGAUAGCGUUCGGCGACAAGCUGCAGCAGUACCUGAAGGAGGGCCGAGCGAAGGUGACUGACGGUUCGUGGUCCUUGGAGCACGGGUCUCCGUCAAGAAACCGAUCGAUAAAAAUGAACGUAACGCAGUUGCAGAAUCUGACUGGCAUAUUUUCGUCUUUCAAGCUCGAACCUCACGUGAGUCUCGUUGACCAUAACGCUAAGUUCUUCAGUCAAGCAAAAAGUCAAAAUACUGAUAUUCGAAGGAAGGAUUUAGAAAGAUCGUCGGAAAUUGAAGUUGCCAGGGUUGACGAAAAAAGUUCAUUCCAUCAGGAAAUCCUAAGGAAUGAGGAGAAAUUACUUGAUCAGGAAAGGAAUCAAGUUACAAGAAACGGUGUGAGUAAUUUAUUCGAUCAACGGCAGAAUCAGAUUACGAAGGAUGACGAGAAGGACCUAGUUGGUGAGGCAAAGGAUCAAAUUAAUAGGGAUGACGAGGAGGAUUUACUCUGUCGAGGAAAUAAUCAAACCGCGAGGGACAACUGCGAGCAGAAGCUGUUCGAUCAGGUUAGCAAAAGCGACAACAAGGACUCGUUCAGAGUCGAUCAGAUGAGAGAUCGGCCUGUGAGGAUCGACGAAAAGAAUUUCGAGGAUCGGGAGAAGAAACAGAUUGCUGAAAGUACAAAUGAGAAUUUUCAAAUUCAGAAAAACGAUCAAGGUGUUCAGGGUACUACACAGGAUUUGCAGAAUCAACAGAAGAGUAAGGUAGUAAGUGACGAGCACAAUUACGCUACAAACAAUCAAGAAAAGGUAUCCGCAAGAAGUAGUGAGGACUUGGAAGAUGCGAAAGGAGACCGGAUUGCGAUAAAUGAUGAGAAAGACGCUACGCAUAAUACACGCGUUGAUGAAAAGGGAGAUAGCGUGCACAAGUUGCAAUGGUCAAAAACCGUAUCUAGUGAUCGACCGUUACCUGAAAGUGUGCAAUCAAAGGACAAUUUUGCUGAUAAUUUAGUAUUAGAUGGUGACUGCGUCACCGUGACGAACGCAAUGGUUUCACCGUUGCUGACGAGCGAAUCCGCUGCGUGUGUAGCUAUAAAGUUUACAGACAUAGCAGAAUAUCCUAUUUUACAAUUAAGUCAGGCCGACGGCACAGGGUGUAAGAACGCGAAGCAUCUCGACGGUCUCAGCGACGACGACGGCAGUCGUCGAGAAGACGGUGACAACGCGCAGGAUUUAGAACCUAUAGAGCAUAAUAACGCCGAGCGCGUAAAACGCGACGAAGCAGAGAUUUUAGAAAAUAAUGAUGCAGGGUGUUCAAAGCGCAAGGGCGCGGUCGAAGCAGCGAAUGCCUCAACGGCGAUGAGGACAUGUGAUACUACCACGACGGACAGUAUUAAUCAGACUAGUGAUAGUAGUUUUCCGAUUUGUAACAUAGCGCAUGAUAGGAAAACCGUAGAUAGCGUAAGUACUGCGAGUGCGGUGGAAUCCACGCUUAGCCACGCCGACGGAAUGCUGCCGAUGUUGCUGGACGAUGAUCGAGCAUCGUUAACGUCGGCGGAAAACGUCGGGGCAUCCACCACGAUGUCGAAGGAUGUCGACGACCAAGUUACCAGUGGUGCGUGUUGCAUCGCCGAUCAGGAUGGUCAGCGCGAUUUUACGAAGGGGAACGAGAAGGACUCGGUGGAAGUCCUCGACGAUACUUGCCGCGAUUCCGCUCACCGCAGAAGUACAAGUGUAAAUAUUAAGAUAGAGUCGUGCGUGUCGGAGACAACGAGGCCAGCUUCGGAGAGCCAGGCGGUGCCGGAGGGACACCGCGAGAGACAAUCGUCGUUUGAUACGCCAAACGCCGAGAUACAUCGAAUUAUCCCCAAGUACGUGGACCAUGUCCCUGAAGAGGCCAUCGAUAACGGCAAGCUGAUCGACCCGAGCAUCCUUGUCACGUCCUACGAGACAGCUGCGAGUCUGGUGGACAAGUCCGAUGCGGAGGAGCUCAUCUUCUGCAUGACUGAUAUCUCGACGGACGGCACGUCCGUGGAGGACGAUCUGUCGCCGUGUGUCGUGUCCAAUAACUCGCCGAACGACAUCAUCAAAGUGGCGGAGCCGUUCUUCGAGUUGCCUGUUACCAGGGCCGUGCUGACGAGUACGUUGUUGAUCGAAAAUCCCGAGGUAACGCAUAGGAACAGUCAGGAUUCGGGAAUCGAGGAGACCGUCCUAGCGAUGGAGGAUGCGCAUCCGCUGCCGCCGCCGCCACCACCGGCGCGCAGCAGCCUACAGGAGAGUGUGGACUCCGGGAUCGAGUCCGAGUGCUCGUCGAUCUGCAAUAGGGUAGAGUCCGUCGUCAGCGAGCGAGCAUUGGAGGCGACUGCGAUCUCGAAGAGACCGCGCGAUGACAACGGCGCUCGCGAGCGAAACGACGGCAGUGUAGGCGAUGAGGACGAUGACGGAGAUGACGAGGAUGACGGGGACGACGGUGGCGGCAAUAACGAUAACGAUGAGUUCGCCAAGUUCACAUCGGACUUGCUCGCGAAGGAGAACGAUAGCGUGAGCGGCAUCGCGCACUCGUAUCUCAACAGCAUCAAGUGCACGGUCGUCAGCACGACCCAUCCUGUCGUCGAACGGCGCGCUGAUGGGAUGACAACGAGCGGCACGUCGAUGGGAGUCGUAGUCGCCACCGACGAGAGCGUCGCUCGUUCGGCUGCGCCGGUGAUCGCGCACUCCCCUGCAGCCUUGCAUGGCACCAGCCCGAAAUAAUGCAGCGGAGGAGAAAGAAGAGAAGACGGAGGGCAGCGAAGAGUACGAGAUCGAUGCGAUCGAAUACGAUGACGAGGAUGAUGAAAUAGACGAACUCGAAGAAGUCAUGAAACAGCUCGAGCCAAAGUACCGGC